CCGGGAAGCCCAGCAGAGAGCAGGCGGGAGCAGCCGCCCCUGGUGCCCACCUCACUAAGGGCAGGACUUCUGCUUCUCGGUGCCAUGAAGCUAUUGGACUUCUGGGUCUCUUUCCGGCCAUCCCUCUUCAUUACCCUUUGCCUGCUGGUUAUCCUGAUGGCCUCUGCCUUAGUAUGCCUGGACAGCCAGUUCCCCAUCCUCAGGUGGAGGAACCCCUUGCUCAAUGACCCAGGGCAGAGUCCAUCUGUCCCCUUCAAGGAGCAGGGCAUGUGGACCGUGAACUCUGCUGGGCGCCUGGGGAACCAGAUGGGGGAAUACGCCACCCUCUACGCCCUGGCCAAGAUGAACAGGCGUCAGGCCUACAUCCUCCCAGAGAUGCACCAGCAGCUGGCGCCGCUCUUCCGCAUCACCCUGCCUGUGCUCUCCAGAUUCAUGGCUUCGAGGAUCCCGUGGAAGGACUAUGAGCUCCACGACUGGAUGACGGAGGAGUACAGGCACAUCGAGGGGAAAUACAUCUGGCUCACAGGCUACCCCUGCUCCUGGACCUUCUACCACCACCUCCGGCAGGAGAUCCUCCAGGAAUUCUCCUUCCAUGACCAUGUCAAGGAGGAGGCCAACCGGUACCUGGCCGGGCUGCGUGGGCAGCGCCGGAACGUGACCUACGUGGGCGUGCACGUCCGGAGGGGGGACUACGUCCGGGUGAUGACCAAGAAAUGGAAGGGGGUUGUGGCGGACAAGGCCUACCUGGAGAAGGCCAUGGGCUAUUUCCGGGCCAAGUACCAGGAGCCGGUCUUUGUGGUGACCAGCAACGGGAUGGAGUGGUGCCGGGAGAACAUCGACACCUCGCGGGGGGACGUGUAUUUCUCGGGGGAUGGGAAGGAGUCAUCGCCGGGGAGGGACUUUGCUCUCUUGGCCCAUUGCAACCACACGAUCAUGACCAUCGGGACCUUCGGCAUCUGGGCCAGCUACCUGGCUGGGGGGGAGACUGUCUACUUGGCUAACUACACCCUUCCUGAUUCCCACUUCCUUGAGAUAUUCAAGCCCUGGGCCACCUUCCUGCCCGAGUGGAUCGGGAUUGACGCUGAUCUCUCCCCGCUGCAGAGUGGAACAUCUGGCUAAAGGAGGUCAGCCAAUGGGAUCCACCCACCAUCGCUUGGCCGAUCGGCCCAGGAUUGGUCACCUGGGAUCCUCAAGGCAGUGGCCUACUACUGAUCUGAUAGUAAUGUUCAGAGUGAUGGUGUAUGGAGGUCAGGAUGCCAGGGUUCUCUUCCUGGCUCUGAGAGGGAAGUUGUGCCUAGUGGUUAGAGCAGGGAGGGCUGGGAGCCAGGAAACCUGG